AUGGAAAAACUAAAUUUAAUAAACUUCAAACCUUCGAAGAAAAUCGGCGACAAAUUAAGGUGCCUGUUCAGGAAAAUAACAACUUCAGUUAAAAAAUUCUUGAACGUACCAAUUUGUAGCCGACUGCCCCUUGUCAACAAAUUUGAACUUGAAAGAGAUUCUGGAAUUCAAUUAGAUAAAAGUACGAUUAAUCUUAAGAUUACAAAUCAACAACGAGUUGAUUACAAAUCAACAACAAUGUAACGACACAAUGAAGGAACUUUCUGAGCAAGGAUUGAUCUAAAAACAAUAUGAAAUUGGAAAACUCAAAGAUGAACUUAAUGAUAUGAAACGUCGCCUGUUUGUGAUGACAAACA